AUGGAGGACGAAGACUACGAUGAAAAUCAUCAAUCGUCUCCGUUACGAUUGGCGAGACAUCUGACAAGUUUAGCGCACGAAUUCCUGAAUUCCUUGAACCCGUUGCACGCUAUUCUCGCGCUCGAAACGACGUUCCAGAACCCUCAAGCGAAAUUUCCAUCGUCCAUGAACAUCGAGGAAGUGAAGAAUCGUAAACUGAUAGGGUCGAUUUUAAACGCAAUCACGGAAAAUCAAGCCGAGGCGAAGAGGCAUCUGGAAUUCGGGAAAGUGGUUUUAAAAGACCACGCGAGGUACGAAGUUUUGAAAUACGAGACGUUUUACGAACUGGCCAUCGCGAAUCGAAACCUAGUUCCCACAGACGGAGAAAAAGCGAAAAAGAUGGAAGAGGAAUCCUUGAACAAUUGUUUAGACCUUGCAAAACGGAUGAAAGAGGACGCGUCCGGCGUGUUGACGAAGACGGAGAGAGACGAGUGGCGGUUGCGCUUCGCUUUUACGCUUUUGGCGAUGGGCGAGAUGCACUUAAGGAAUGAGAGUUUCUCGAAGAGCGAGAGGAGUUUUGGGUUGGCGUUUAAAGCGGUGGAAGUUAUGGAGAGGGAGUUGGUGAAACGGAGAAACGGAGAGGAGGAAAAGCUUUUGAUGAAAGAAGAGAAAAACGGGUUGACUCGAUUGAAAUUAACCGUGGCGUUGGCGGAUUUUGAACGCGCGAUUUUACAACGCGCGAGCGGGGAAGAACCGUCCAGAGUGUCGAAAGCGAUGAAGAGAGCCGAGAUGAUUGCGAAAGACGUGCACGCGAUGGACGAACACGCGAGAGAGCUGUUCCAGUUUUCCAGUUUAAGGUGCGCUUCGAAAAUCGAGGAAGGCGACGUCGCUUCGGCGUUGAAAGGCGCGAACGAUUUAAGGAAGAGAUGCGAGUAUCACAAGAAACGCAUGGAAGCGCAUUUGGAGGAAACGGAGUUCGUUGAGCGAAUAUUAGUCAAAGCAGGAUUGAUUGAGUGGAGGAAGAAGACGAUGAUGAAGAAGAAGAGUAACGACGACGAGAGCGAAAAAGAUGCGAAAAAGACAUCGCCGUUCGCGCAGUUGAACGAAAGCGCCAAGGAAUGGAUACCGGAGCGUCAAGUCAUUGCGCGCGCGGAAAUUUUAUUGGCGGAAACUUCACGCAAGAGUGGGUCGACGAAAGAAACCGCGCAAAGAUUACGAGAGGUGAAGAAGAUGUUGGACGAGGGAUUAGAGGAACUCGGGAUUUCGGCGUUGGGUUUGCCAUAUCGAAAAGAAGGAGGAGAUGUGGAGAUUGAUGAGAAUGCGAGGGAGACGAACGGCACCGCGAUGAAACGAAACCAAAACAAAGCCGAUGAAGAUGAAGAGGGUAAAAAUGGUGAGAUAGCAGCGAAGGAGAAGGACGACGACGAGGAGGAAAUGGACGUCGACGAGAAGGAAGAAGAGGAACAAACGCCUACGACCACCAGAACGAGUCGGCGGUCCACGCGAGGUGGUGGCAAAUCGACACCGCGUAGCGAUAGUAAACCGAGCAAGAAAAUUCCGGCGACCGAGUCGACGAAAAAGAAACGAGCGGCAAAGACAAAAGAGGUUGUCGUUCAAAAGAAACCACAAUCACCACCACCACAACAACAACAAGAACAACCAAAGAAGCAAGAGAGACUGUGGGUGAUGAAAGAGGAAAACUUAGGCCCGCGAUCUUCCUGCGACGCGCACCCAUUUUUUACUUUACGAUGCAGCUGCAACGAGCUUCUCGCGUCUAUAUAUUUAACCGCUGGCGAUUACCCGAAGGCUGUCCUCGAAGCGAACGAAUUGGACGCGACUGUCUCCGCGUACCCGCGCACGCUCAGUUCGUUAGUCGCGCACUGCGAAAUGGUUCGCGGCCACGCGUUGUAUUCCAUGGGCAAAUAUCGCGACUCCGUGAAAGCGUUCACGAAAGCCGCCGAAAGAGCCAAGACGCCAAGUUUCCGCGACGUGGCGACUUUGUGCGCCGCUUUAGGGGAGCUGGCGACUGGAGGCACCAAAGGCGCUUCGAAAGCGUUGGAUUUGGCGCAACCGAUUUGCCGUCGCCACGAAGAUUUUUUACAAAACGAAGAAGAAAAGGAGAAACUUAGAAAAAAGAAGGAAGAAGAGAGCAAAAAUGCCAAAGACGAGGCAGACGACGACGAAGAGGAAGAGGACGACGACGACGACGAAGAAAUCUCGUUUCGCCCAUCUUUGGUCGACCGAGCGGUUGCGCUUUUCGUCUCCGGUUUCGCCUUUCUCGAACGCGGAAACCAAGACGGCGCGAAAUCUCGCCUCUCCUCGGCGUUGAAACUCGCGCACGCGAAAACCAAAGACACGCAACUCGUCGCCGCGUGUUUGCGCGCCUUAGGGUCCAUCGCCUCCGAGCGUUCUGCUUCGAACGAGCAACAACAAGCGUUGGACAUGCUCCAAUCCGCGUUUACCUUAUCUAAAGCGCAAGACGAUUUAGACGGUCAAGUCGAAGCGUUGAGGAAACUCGUCGAAUCGCACGAAAAGAAAGGCAGCAACGAGAAAGAAAAGAAAACGCUGAGCGAUUAUUUGCAAAAGAAAGAGAAGCAAAUGGAAGACGGUUUGAACAAAUUGAAACUGGAAGAGAACAAGAUCAACGUUUUGCACUUAGAAAAAGGUCUGAAGGACUUGGAGGAGGACGAGUUAGCGUAG